AUGCAACAACACACCCACAGUCUCUUCAUGAGACGAACGCUCCACGUCUGGAUAGAGCACCAAGGCGUCGUGCAUAAGUUCGACCACGCAUUUACCAGCUCCCCAGUCAUGAUUGCCCACAUUAUUUACCCUGCCGAUCUCUUUGUCAUGUUCCAGCACUAUGCCGAUCAUCUUGGUCUGGACUGGGAUAUGGACUUUUAUGAGAUGCAUCUGCAUCGGCAUAAGGGGCGCCGGUCGCCACCCCAGGCAGAUCACAAACACCUCGACACCCCUUUAGAGGAUCAGCUCCGGAUUGAUGAGCUUGACACGGGUCAGUUGAGGGCAAUGCUACUUGAAUUGGCAGAGCGUGACUGGGAGGAUGUCAUCUUUAUCAAAGAGGUAAGCGGAGUGCUAAGUGAAGAGGACAAGGAGCUUUGGGAGGCAUUGGAAGGCUUGUCGAGUUUGGCUUUGUUGGAUUAA